CUCAUAGGUAGCCAUGGAGAUCCAGGUUCGAAUCCUAAUUGAGCCAGGAAACUCUAUGAAUCAAUUUCCUUUUUUUCAGCCAGACCUACGUUACAGGGUUGUUGUAACAACAAAGGAAAAGGCAGAGAGCUGUCAUGAGCUCAACUAGAGCUCCACGAUUUCAAGAUUUGGGCCUUCUUCUCCAAACUUUAGGACAAGAGGGAGGACGUUCAAGGAGAUAGUCGUCUUGAAAAGUGGACAUAUAUUUAUUCUAUCCAUAAAUCAGUUUGGUCCUUGUAACAUCAUCUGGGUCUGCUGAAAUCUCAGCCUAGUAAACAUAGGUAGAACUGAUAUAAACAACUAACUAACCAGGAGCUAAAUAGCUGAAGACACCAGAUCUUCUCUAAUUUUGGAAACGGAGCAAGGUCAGACCUUCUUAAUAAUUGCACAGAAGACUACCAAGGAAUACCUAGUUGUAUUCCAGAGGAAGGUCAUGGCAAACCACCUUUGAGUAUUCCCUUGCCUAUGAAAACCCUUUGAAACUUAUGGGGUCACCAUAAAUCAACAGGUGACUUGAAGGUACAUGUAUAGCUAACUGUUAUCUAUUUUUCUCUCCCCUCCCCAGACUUAUGGAUAACCUUUCCUCUACGAAUGAGCUGCUACAAAAUGGAUCUAAUGGAUCAACAUGUGAAAUUGAGGAUGGCUUCUUAGCCGUGACUCUUCCUAUCACUUACUCCAUCAUCUCCAUCAUCGGCUUCUUCAGCAACACCCUGGCUCUCUGGGUCUUCUUUUAUGGCACCCGGAAGAUGAACUCCAUCAUGGUGUACCUGAAGAAUCUUGCCAUGGCGGACCUCUUGCUUGCCCUUUGCCUGCCCUUCCGGGCCACUUACCAGAACCAGAUCGGGCCCCCAAUCCUCUGCAAAGUGGUUGGCAUCAUCUUCUACCUCACCAUGUAUGUUAGCAUCUUCCUCCUGAGCCUCAUCAGCUUGGACCGCUAUCUCAAAAUCACCCGGCCCCUCCAGCAAUACCGCAUCCACACCGUGCCGCACAGCACCACCGCAUCCAGAGUGGUGUGGCUCCUUUGUGCUGGUUCAAUGCUGCCUUUCUUUUUCGAUAGCGGCGAGAGCGGACCCUGUAUUCACAGAUGCUUUCAUUUCAAGAAUAGAGGGACACUAGGAUCCGUCUUCAACAUGUUGGCAGUUGCCACCUUCUUCCUCCUGUUGCUCUUUUUCUUCUUCUCUUACAGCAAAAUUUCCCUGAAGCUCCGCGCCAUCACCUUAAAGAACUCUAAGAAGACUAGCACCAGAGUCAUACUCAAGACUUUUGUGGUCCUGGCCGUCUUCGUGAUGUGCUUCACCCCAUACCACAUUGUCCGAGUGCCAUACAUUCUUGCCCAGGUGGGGGUCAUUCCCACCACAGAAAGCAGACAGGCCCUCCACCUGGCAAACGAGAUGGUCCUUUGCAUCUCGGCGCUCAACUGUUGCUUCGACCCGGUGAUUUUCUUCUUCCUGUCCAGCAGUUUCAAGAGAGCCACGUUGGCUUCCACCCGUGGGAAGCUCAAGAGAGCACUCCAGAAGAACCAGGGAGUCUUGAACCCCAAAAAAUCCACCUCAGAAUUUAGGAUCCAGAGAAUCGAGGUACUGGGUCUGAGAGAGUCUAUGGAAGAUACAAAUGAAGAGACCAACACAUUUGGGAGGAGGUAGCAAAAUGGAGUCUUCAAUGUCUUCCAGAUGGGAUAUAUUCCUGGAAAAAUAAAGAGUGACGGUCUCCGACCAUAGUCUUCUAAUCAUUCCUGUUAGUGCUCUUCAACUGUAAGAUAUAUACAGCACUGCUACUGCCUGCAUAUGCUUUGCAAGCUUAUGUGCUAACUCAGCCCAAAGACUGUAUUUACGUGAGAUAAGAACUUGGUGUGGCAUCCCAACAAUGGACGAGGCCAAAAAGUGGCACAAAAGAUGCUCACAUAUUUAUAUGAAGCUCUUAGCAACUCAGAGAAGAAGCUGUAUCUGGAUUGCACAAUUAUACCAGGUAGAUACCAGUAUAACUUCCAAAGCUCCAUCCUCAAAAAUUCUGGUAUUUGGAGUUUGGUUUAGUAAAAGGUAAAGGUAUAGGUUUCCCCUGGGCAUUAAGUCUGAUCAUGCCCAACUCUGGGGGUUGGUGCUAAUUUUUGUUUCUAAGCUGAAGAGCCAGAGUUGUCCAUAAACACCUCCAAGGUCAUAUGGCCAGCAUGACUUCAUGGAGCACUGUUACAUUCCCAUUAUUUUCCUGCCAAAGCGGUACCUAUUGAUUUACUCACAUUUGCAUGUUUUCAGACUGCUAGGUUCGCUGAAGCUGAGGCUAACAGCAGGAGCUCACUCCACUCCCUGGAUUUGAACUGCUGACCUUUCAGGCAGCAAGUUCAGCAGAUCAGUGGUUUAACCUGCUGUGCCACCAGGAGCAGUACUUUGGUGCAGUAUUUUGGUCAAAUAUGUAAAUUUCAUUUCAACUUUUGGUAAAACAGAAUCCUUUAAAGACAGAGGAAUGCUGUGCUUUGCUGGAAAAAUUCAACAUUUGAUGUCAGACUUGUUCUGUUCAAUAGAUGGAUACUAAUUUU